AUGGGUCCAUUGCUCAAUGAAGAAGGUGAGCUGGUAACAGAAAAUUAUGAGAAGAUGGCACUGUUCAACACCUACUUUGCUUCAAUCUUCACAGAAAAAAUAACAUGUGACCAGGUGAUUAGCGAAGUUACCAUAGACAAUAAAGGGGAAGGAAUGCAGAUCCGGAUGACUAAAGAAUACAUCAGAGAUCCUAAUUUGAAUGAAUUCAAGUCAGCAGGGUCUGAUGCUAUUCAUCCCAACCAACUCCAGACCGAACUUCACCAACUCCAGAAUGAACUUGAAUGGAGAAAGGCUCGUAAUGAGACAGAUGACAUUACACUUGAUGCCGGAACAGCCCACCCCAACCUCUCCAUUGCUGGGGAUAAGAAGAGUUUGAAACAUGAAGCCCAACCUCAAAAAGUUCCAUUUAAUACAGAGAGGUUCGAUUCGACUGUCUGUGUGUUAGGUUUUGAAGGAUUCUCUUCUGGAAAGCACUACUGGGAGGUGGAUGUUGAGAGGAGCAGUGACUGGGACCUGGGAGUGGCUAGAAAAUCAAUACAGAGAAAAGGAAAACUUUCCUUAUCUCCUAAAGAGGGAUUCUGGGCUCUGGGUCUGAGUGGCAGAGAUUAUUGGGCAAAAACAGAUCCAUGGACCCGGGUCACAGUGCAGAAAAAGCCCCAGAAAAUUGGAGUUUACCUUAGUUACCAAGAGCGGUGGGUGACCUUUUUCAAUGUAACUGACAUGUCUGUGUUGUUCACAUUUAAUGAUUGUUCAUUCUCAGGAGAGAUUUAUCCAUUCUUUAAAAAUUCCCAUAAAGAAACAACAAUGAGAGUUUGUUCAAUUAAAGAGGAAUCAAUGUAAAAUGCUGGGAUGUUCCAUUUUGUUGACCAAACACAGCCAAAGCCCUGUGCUGCUCAUGGCACUGUUGACCAAACUGAAUCAAAGUAACAGAACGCUUUGCAGUUAGAAGAAAGGUUAUUUGGAAUAACAUUCCCUGUGAAAUUAUAUUUACAAAUAUUGCUAAUGCUGCAGGGGUGGCUCCCCAAAUAAGGAAUGGAACUGUACUGGAAUCUCACAAACAGAGCUAUUAAUGA